UCCAGUUAUUCUCCGGAGGAUUACAUAGUAACAGGAUUGCGACACAACCUACAAAUCAGAUUUGUUGCAAAGACUGAUAUUUUUUUGUGUGAAUAUUUCCUCUUAAAAAAUGUGUUCUGGGAAAUGUGCAAAAUGCCUGGGCAUUGCCCUAAUUCCACUAGCCAUUCUGUGUAUACUGGCCAAUAUCUUACUCUUUUUCCCUGGUGGCAAAGUUGCAUCAGAAAAUGGACAUAUCUCCGAUGAAGUUUGGUACUUUGGAGGGAUUGUGGGUUCUGGGGUUGUGAUGAUCUUCCCAGCACUAGUAUUUCUUGGAAUGAAAAAUAACGACUGUUGUGGAUGUUGUGGCAACGAGAGUUGUGGGAAGAGGUUUGCGAAUUUUUCUUCUAUUAUAUUUGCUGCGGUUGGAUUUGUAGGGGCUGGUUACAGCUUUAUAAUUUCAGCAGUUGCAAUAAAUAAAGGACCAAAGUGUGGGGUAAAUGUGACUGAUACCAGUAUACUUCUGGGCUGGAAUAUAACAUACCAGUAUCCUUUUGAAAAUGGAAACUAUCUAGGGGACCACACACUAUGGGAUGAAUGUACGGAACCCAAAGAUAUAAUUCCAUGGAACCUGACUCUCUUCUGCUUGCUCAUGAUAAUGGGUGGGGUUCAAGCAGUUCUCUGUGCUAUUCAAGCCAUUAAUGGACUAAUGGGGACAAUCUUUGGAGACUGCAAGUGCUGUGGAUGUUGCGGAGGGGGUGAUGGACCCAUUUAAUUUCUGCCUGACAUAUAUGAAAAUCCUACUGCAAAUCUUUCUUCAUUCAUGGAAAAGGUCUCUGCAGUGCAUAGGACAGAGUAUGUUAAUACCCUCUUAACGAACUUGGAGAAGAAGGUCAAGAAUGAAGAAUGUGUCUUUCAAUGCUCUGAGCAGACCUUCUAUAAAGCAUCAAAAUACAAUGAUAUUUCCCCCUGUUUAUCUGGAGUUGGUAAAAAUUGAAUUGUAUUACUGAUUUACUGAUAAGUAAAACCACACUGACCACAUAACUUGUACAAUAUAGAAAACUUAAUAUAUUUGCAAUGCUGUUUUUAGUGUGGGCAAGUAUAUUUAUUUAUGUUUUAUAAGCAAUGGGAAAGUCUUAGAAUCUUAUUUAAAGACAUUUACCUACGUAGAAUUAAGACCCAGCUUGUUAAGCAAUGAAACAUAAUGAUCAAGCAAAAUUUUGGAUUAUCGAUCAGUGUUCAAAAGUUUAUUUGUCUAUAUUUUCACUAAUAAAUGAUCAAUAGUACUUUUUUAAAAAUGGCAUUGUAUUGUGAUAAUAUGACUCAAUUUCUUCUUCUUAAGAAAAAUGAUUUUAGUGGCUUGUUACACAGAUGUGAUUACCAAAUACAUCCAGCACAGAACUGUAGUAAUACUGUGCAUCAUCAUAUCAAACGACAGGUCAGUCUUGUCAAGUGAUGUUCUUCAUAAAUUGGCAAAACGUUCCAAACUGUUAUUUAAAGACUUCUGGACAAGACAUUGUGACUUGCUUUCAUUGUUGAUUCAAAGGUCAAUGUUGCAAUGCACGAAAUAAAGUUUAUCACAUGUAUUUGUUUAA